AUGGGUGUCACCAUAUUUACCCAAGAAUUCACCACCCCCAUUGCUCCACCGAGAAUGUCCAAGGCUUUGAUUGUUGAUUCCCACAACCUCAUUCCCAAGAUUGCCCCUCAAGAAAACUUGGUCUACAAGUACAUUUUGAUCAAAGGCAACGUGAUCUUUGACAAGAUUGAAAAGGUCAUCUAUGAGGUUCAAUUCUUGGCUUUGGGCAAUUGCGGAUGCAUAUGUAAGAUGACCAAUGAAUACCACACUAAGGGGGAUGUACAGCUCAAUGAAGAAGAUAUCAAACAGCGCAAAGAAGAGGCUAUGGGACUCUACAAAGUUGUUGAAGAGUUCCUAUUGGCGAACCCCAAUGCCUACGAUUAA